AUGCUCCUGGCAAGACAAAGUAUUGAGAUGGUUUGCGAUAUAGAGGUGCCAUAUCACGUGGAGUCAAGAGCCUCAGCCACGCCCAGGCUCGACAUCAGCCACACCUUGAACGACAACCCACGAGGGACGACAACAACCAAGACGGCGCCCCAGCCCAAUACUCCCCCGGGUAUUGUAUCCAGCGGAGGCAUUGAAUUCCCGGCCUACCCUUCGGAUCCGGGAUUUGCCAUUGAUAGCACCACCAUACCCGUCUCGGGCUACACGACUGGCAAGAGAUUCAUGGUGGGGGAUGCUACGGUGCCGGAGAGUUCGUCCAAGCAUGUUUACUGCUUUUGGCUGGAUCGCUUGGUCGGGCCCGGUGCGUCGAUCAGCGAUGACUCCUGA